CUUCCCAAAUUCCAACUCUCUUCUCUUUUGUCUCUCAUCUUCAACCUCUCUUUUUCUCUCUCUUUCUCUCCAGAUUCGGAAGAAGAAAAGCAUCAAUGGAUUCUUCUGCAACUGCGAGAAGGCCGUAUUUCAUCGAUGAAGACGAUGGAUUGGUUUCUUUAAUCGACGUGGAAGCUGGAAUUUCUGGCAAUAACCACCACAACAACAAUCAUUAUCCUCACUCCUCCUUCCUCCGCCCCAAGUUAAUUUCCCACGGCGGCGUUCACCGGCGAACCACCACCAGAAACCCUUCGUUUUCCUCCUCGAGAUUCUCACCGAGGUUUUACGACGCUAGAUUUGAAGAUCAUCAUCACCAUUUCUUGGAUGCUUGUUUUCUCUGCAAGAAGCCGCUCUCUGAUAACAAAGACAUUUUCAUGUACAGAGGAGAUACUCCAUUUUGUAGUGAAGAGUGUAGACAAAAGCAAAUCGACAUGGACGAAGCGAAAGAGAAGAAUUUGAAUCUAUCAUCGUCGAUUAAAGCUAUGAGGAAAAAAGAUCAGAGAAAAUCCACUUCUCCGGGCAAAUCCACCGCCGACCACGACUGCCGCUUUCACCCCGGCACGGUGGCGGCAGCGUAGAUCGAGCAAUAAUCAUAAUUAUAUAUACAACAUUCCCUGAAAAGAGGUGAAGAUUUGAAGAUGGAAGAAGAACUGGGAAGAGCAGAGAGUUCGUUUUGGUUAUAAUUUUUGUUUUUUUUUUUUUUGUUUUUUAAUUUGUGGGGAGAAAAUUAUGCAACUGUGAAUGAAGUUGUGUGGAUGGUGGUGAGGAAGUCUUGUGUUAAUUUUUUUUUACUGGGAUUUGCUCACUUUUCUUUUUCGUGUGUAUAUUAUGAUAUAAUGAAAUGACUAAUGAGAAACAAUAUGAUAUGGCUUUUUACUAUAAUUAAAA